UUCUCUUGAUUAAUAUCCUAACGGAGAAUUUCGAAUUUGGGGAAAAUUCAGGGAGCUUAGUAGAUUCUCCAAUGGCGGAUCAUCCCACUGUCCUCGUCACCGGCGCCAGUGGCAGAACAGGUCAGAUUGUUUAUAAGAAGUUGAAGGAGAGGUCGGAUCAAUUUGUUGCCAAGGGCCUUGUCAGAACUCCAGAAGGGAAGGAGAAAAUCGGAGGAAAGGAUGAUGUUUUUGUCGGGGAUAUAAGGGAUGAGCAUAGCAUUAACCCCGCGAUUCAAGGGAUUGAUUCCCUCAUAAUUCUCACAAGUGCUGUGCCCAAAAUGAAGCCUGGUUUUGAUCCUACUGCAGGUGGAAGGCCGGAGUUCACAUUCGAGGAUGGACAAUAUCCUGAACAGGUUGAUUGGAUUGGUCAGAAGAAUCAAAUCGAUGUAGCCAAAGCUGCUGGUGUUAAGCAUAUUGUCUUGGUUGGGUCCAUGGGAGGAACCAAUCCUAAUCAUCCGCUGAACAAACUGGGGAACGGAAAUAUACUGAUUUGGAAGCGAAAGGCUGAACAAUACCUUGCUGAUUCCGGAAUUCCCUACACGCUACUUAGGGCUGGAGGGCUUAUAGACAAAGAAGGCGGGGCUCGAGAGCUCAUAGUUGGUAAAGAUGACGAGCUUCUUCAAACCGAUACAAAAACAAUCCCGAGGGCAGAUGUUGCAGAAGUCUGCGUCCAGGCAUUGCUGUUUGAGGAGGCGAAAUUCAAAGCUUUCGACUUAGCCUCGAAGCCGGAGGGAACUGGCACUCCGACCAAAGACUUCAAGGCCCUCUUCUCCCAAUUGACUUCUCGGUUUUAGUCUCGAGAACAAACAAAUGUCGGUCUUCUGAAUAUCUAUCACAAGAUCUGAUGAACAUUGUAUCCUCUCAUGAUAUGGAUUAUGUGAUUUUCAAUGCUCAUGUUAUGUACCUAAACUUGAAUAAUCGAAUCAGGUCGUUGUUGUUUGCAUA